CUGUACAUCUCCAUAUCACUUUAGCGUAAUUCAAGAAUAAAUAUUUAUUAAUGAGAAUGAGAAUAAAUAUCAUCUUUGUUUUUAUUCUUCAAACAUGUUUCUGCAAACGAGCUUCAAUCAAAGAGUUGCAAGAACAAUUUAUAUCUAUCCUUUCAAAAGUGGAACACAAAGCCGGAAUAAGCUUGUCAAUCACAAAACAAAUGUUCGGGUGUAUUUACGUAGUAAAACUAGAAGAAGUAUGGAAGAACAUACCAGUAAGGUUUCUGCAAGAAAUUCUUUUCCCUGAUAUCAACUUAUCACAACUCUCAGGUCGCUUUUUACAAACCGAUCAGUUGAAGGUUGGUGCUUACAGUUUAAAUGUUUGUGAUAGAAGGAAUCCAAUAUACGAACUUUCUGUCAACGCAGCUUCGUAUGAUUUGGCUAGCAAUCAUUUUGCUGUAAACAAUCUUUCUAUGUUGGUUACUUUCUCUGCGAUAAGUAACCGUGUUACUGGAAUGAUAAACAUAGUCUUAUCAGACGGCUACGCGUUUUAUAACUUCAACGGCGAUCCGAUCUAUAUUCAUAUAAGUUCGGAAUACGGAGAAAAGCACGUGUCUUGCAAGUGUACAUUCAAAAACAUUUCGUUUAUAAGCAUUCUUGAAAUAUUUCAACAAGAAGUAAUUGAAAAUAUUUUUUUAGGAAAAAUCCAAAAUAGUCAAAAUUUGGAUUUAAAGCAGUUAGAGUUUAUAGAUGUUGAUUUGGAAGGAUAUAUUAGUCCUUUAGAAGGUUUUGAGUUUCAGAUCACAGGUGGUCCACGUGGGUUAGAUAUUUUCGCUAAUUCCUCUAAAACAUUUGUUAUUGUUAAACAAAAUGAAGAGCAAAAAAUCAUAAAUUAUUUUUUAUUUUCAUUAAUUGAGAAUUUUGAUUUUUCACAUUUAAUUAGUAAUUUUUCUGGUAUAAAAAACUUACCGUAUUUGCAACUUAUUGAUGGAACUUUAGCUAUUUUAAUAUCAGAUGGUUGCUUCUCUAAUUUUUGGAAUGAAGCCAUAAAAAUUGUGAUCAAUAACUUUUUGGCAGGUACAGAUUUACAAACAAUUUCAAAAGAGGGCAUUCAUUAUUUUUACAGAAUUAAAAACUUGCCGAAUAAUGAAAGUUUGGAUUUUAAAAAGGAAGAAGGAGGUCUUUCUUUUAAUAAUACAUAUUUUCCUCUUAACUAUGUUGCAUCUCUUAUACCAGCAUCAUAUGAUAGGCAAACAAUUGAUAAUGGUUCAAAUAAUAACACAAGUUUUUUUUCAGAUAUUGGGAGGUUACACAAUAGUAGCUCUUUUCAACCAUACAGAAAAUAUACUAUAAUCAAAAUGAUCAUUGAUAACAAGGGGCUUAUUUUAAAACCAGUCAUAAAUAUUUCUAACAGUUUUAUAGCAGUAAUAAAGUAUAUCUUUGGUGAAGAAUAUUCUCAAGAUGUUGAAUAUGUGCCAUUAAAUGAAAAGAAAAUUGUUUUUUUGAAAAGUGUAAUGGUGUAUCCUUUUAGCGAAAGUUCAACAAUUGUUAAAGUUACCAUGGAAACCUCUAUUGAUGUGCUUUUAAAUAUUGUUCAAAUCAAUUCAAUAGUUUUUGAUGUUUCAAGAACAUUUGGCUCAAAAGAGGUUUGGCUUAUUGACAUUGAUGAAUCUGGAAUGUUACAAAAAAUAAAAUUGAUGAAAUCAGAGAAAAAAUACUUUAUUACAGGAGAUGUAGAUAUUUACUCUCAAACAGAUUUAACAAAAUAUGUUUCUCAUUCAUAUUUAUUUAAUAAUACAAUGGGUCGAUUUGAAGAACUAAUUGAUUUUCCAUAUAAAAAUGCAUUUUUUAAAAUGGAGUUGGACAAAGAGCAAGCAAAAAGCAUAACAAUUUCAGCAAGAUCAAUAAUUUUCUCACAGCAAGAUGUUCCUUUAGAAACUGUCAUAUGGCAACAUGACAAGCUUUAUUGUGCAACAGUUUUUCGUUUGAAUGAUAUUAGUUUAGAUGAGGUUUUAAACAGGCUGUAUGAUGCUCGAAUGCUUAAAUUUACCUGGCUUACUUUAAAAAAUAUUGAAAUUGUUUUGAGAUCAAAUGCUGGAAAUGUAACAGGAAUUUUUUCAAGUGUCUUUGGAGACUAUGUUUCUCUUAAGAGCAAAAGCGUUGUUGUUGUUCAUGGACAAUUAUCUGUGAAUCUAAAAACAACAUGUCUUGAUGAUCCAAUCUGCAAUUUCAUUAAAAAUCAUAUUUCUCAUCAUCUAAAUAUUGAAAUAAAAGGCAAUGCUCUUAAGAACUCUUACUCUUUCAAGUGUCUUUUAAAAAAUGUUACAAAAAUGUUCGGUGAUGUUUGGAUAUUAAAUUCAAUAGAACUGAAUAUAUUUGGAACUAAUGAAAAGGAUUCAAGAGUCCAGCUUAUUGGAAAAAUUGUACAUAAAGAAACAAAGCAUGUUGGAGAGGUGUUUAUUGGAGAAGAUGAUUUACUAGGAAAGACAGUAUUAAAAAUAACUUUUGAUAAACAAUGGAAAAACUUUCUUGGUUAUUCUAUGCUAACGAUAAAAUCUAUGAGAGCAAGCAUAUAUAUCACAGAUAAACCAGUGGAAACUUUAGAUUUUAAUGCAAGGAUAGAGAUUGGGAAUACAAAUAAACCAAUUUUCAUAAAUAAAGCUGUCGUAACUUUGAGUCUUAAAUUUAAGAGUUCAGAAGAUUCAGAUGUUGUAUAUGCAUUUCUUUACGGAUUAACGAUGGACAGCCUCUCUAAUGCUUUUAAAAAUAGUAAAGUUCAUUUUCUAAUCCAAGACACUGUUUUCAGUGAUGAGCUUGUUUUAGCUUUUACUCAAAACAAAAAAGGAACAACUGUAAAAGAGCUUGGUAAUUAUAAGUUUUAUCCAACAUGUACUGGUAUUUGGGGAAUGAAUACAUUUAUUGGUUAUUUAACAGCUUGUGUAGACUUCAGUAAUGGUUUAAAAAUAACUUUCCAGCCAAAGAGUUUAUCUUACUUUGAUGAAAAGCUUAUGUUUUUUAAAAGUUCUACUAAUGAUGUAGAAGGCCCUGAGUUUUCUUUUGAAAUUAUGUCAAACUCCAACAAGAAUGAGAAAAACUCUUAUGUAAAAGGUUUUUUAAAAACUAUUGGUUACCAAGGAUACAUACAUAAAAGUUUAAACUCAGAUGAUUUGUCAUUCCAAUUCACUGGAUAUCUUUUUAAAGAAGUUAAAAUGAAUGUAAACCUUUCAGCUUUAUUUGGUGACAAUCAUAUUAAGUAUACAGCAACACUUGAUGUGCAAGCAGCUAUGCCAGAAAUCUCUAAAAAUAUAAAGCUAUUAAUCAGUAAUGCUCAUGAGAAAAUACAAACUAACAUUUUAGACAAACUUAAUGACCUUCUUUCAGACAUUACAAAACUUGAGCAAGAGUUAAAACUAAAGCGAGAAUAUCUCUUAAAUCGUAAUAGUGAACGAAGAAAUAAUGUUUUCAAGAGGCGUCUUCUUAUUGAAGAAGCAAAUGAAGCAAUAAAAACAGAUUGUGUUGAUAUAUGUGGAAGCAAAUGUGUUGAGUCCUUAGACUGGACUUCCAAUUGCACUGCAGUUGCUGGACAACCUCUUGCAUGUCUUAAAUGGAAAAAAUGUAAUUAUUUAGCAGCAGACACUAAAUGUAUUGCUAAUUGUGAAGCUCUCAAAAUACCUACAUCUAUUAGUGCUCACCAUGAACGAGAUGAAAUAAGGAAUUUAGCUGAAGACAUCAGUGUUACAACAAGUCGUAUGGAUGGAAUUAACUCACUUUUGAACCGUCUUAUUAAAUUAAAGUUUCAUUUAUCAUAUAAGUUUGAAGAAGUUCAGAAUAAAACACUAUUUGUGCAAAUUUUGAAUACUGCAAAACAAGACUUAUUAGAGUUCACAAAUGAAAUUCCAACCUCUACUCAAGAACUCGCAAAUAUAAACAUCCCAGAGUUGCACUUUAAUUCAAUGUCAUACUUGUUUUUGGGUAAAAUUUACACCAUGAGUGAAAGAUCAUUUUUUAUUAAUCAUCAUUUCUUCUAUGAUUUUGCAGAAGAGCUUAUGCAAGGAGCAGAUGAGAGAUUUAAAACUAUGACAGAAUUGAUUGAUCACCUAAAGUCAGAAGUUGCAAAGCAAGAAAGUUCAUUUUUCGAUUUUAAAGAAGAUUAUAGAAACCAUGAUCAAGAAGACAGUGAGUUUUUGGAGGAUAAUGAAGAAGAAGGAGAAGAAGAAAGGAGAGAGAAUAAUGAAGAUAAUGAAGCUCGAAUUUCAUUUGACCAUGAAAAAUUCAAAUACUUAUUCAAUCCUUUAUUAAUUGAUAAAAACAACAAAAAUAUGACAAAAAGGUCAACCACUGAAGACUCUCCUUACAAUGCAGUAGAAAAAGAUGGAUCUCUAGAAAUUAAAAUACAGCCAUGCAUAACUAAAGGAUCAAAAACAGUAAAUGCUUUUAAACAACAUUCAUCUUGGAUCAUGAUGAAAAGUAAUACCAAAUUUAAUAUUCCUACACCAAAAAAGCUAACAACAAAUCUGCUGAAGACAAGAAAUCACUGUCUUAUUAAACGAAGUGCUGUUCACCAUUUUGAAGAUCUGGUGAAAAGUCUGUUAGAUCUGAAGCGUUUUUAUUUAGAAGGAAAGGAAAGAAUAGAAGAAAUAAGUAGGAGUUUAUUGAAUGAAAAAAUAAAUAUUGAUAAACAGAUUAAAAUAGCUAGAGACAUUGUACCAACAAAAUUAGAUAGAGAUGACAUGACAUAUUGGCUUAAGCAAUACAAAAAAGGGAUUAAUCAACAGUUAAAAACGUUAAAGCAACAACUGGAACACCAGAAUAGUGUAGGAAUAAAAUAUUGGGCCAGCCAAUUAAAUUUAGCUAAACAAGUUUCAAAAACAUCAAAUUAUUUUGAAGCGCUAAGGAAAAAAGUGUGUAAUGAAUUGACGAGAUCAAAAACUAAACGGAGCAAUAUAUCAGAGAAAAAUUUUGUCAAUAGUAUCAUUAAGGAAUUUAUUCGUAUUGUUGAGAGCGAACCAUAUGUUGGUUCUUUAGACAACACCUUGUCUAAACUAACAAAGAAUAUAUCACUAUUCAAAAGGAGUUUGUCAGGCUCGUGCAUUUUGUAGAGAAAGAAACAUUUUUUUAAAAACAAAUUCUAAAUUUUCUGUUUAAAUGUAAAUAAAUCAGCAAAGCUACAUAAAAGUAAUAAUCAUAACGACGUUUUAAAAGAAAUUAUUCAGUGCUCAGCCACCAUAGAAUCAAGUACACUUAAAUUUACACCUUUUUUAUCAGUGGAAGCGCCUUUUUGUUUUUAUUAUUUAUUAUUUUCCGUUCCGUUCCGCAGAAAAUUUCCUGUAAAUAGAAAUCCGCCUUUAUACGUAUUUCGCAAACAUAUAACAUAAAAAGUUGUUUUUUUCAUUUUUACAUAUUUAUACAUUAAAUCCUUUUAAAUUAUGUUA